UAUCCGCCAGAGACCGCGUGUUUUGAAAGAGGAAGUUAUAUACAGUAGGUCAUUUAUUUUGAUCUACCUCAUUUACAAGCGCCUCUGAAGCGAAGAGUUGAAACAACGUACUUCAAGAAGACAGGAUGAAUUUCACUGUCUGCUCGAUACCUAACAAAGCUUUAUUUGAACACCGAGUCCUACCAAGUCUCUACAUCUUUGUAUUCAUCGUUGGGCUGCUUGCUAAUGGAUGGGGACUGAAGUCGUUGCUAUACAACUGGAAGAAACUGGGAAACAUCAACAUCUUUGUUCUUAACCUUGGACUUGCAGACAUCUUGUAUCUGCUCACACUUCCCCUCCUGAUGGUGUACUACUUUAAGGGAAGUAAGUGGAUCUUUGGAGACGUCUUGUGCAAGAUUACAAGAUUCUGCUUCAACCUGAAUUUGUACUGCAGCAUUGGCUUCCUGACUUGUAUAAGCGUGUACAGGUACCUGUCUAUUGUCUAUCCUCUGAGAGUGAAGGGAAGAUUAACCACGACUCACUCUGUGGUCAUAACGGUCACGGUUUGGAUGCUGGUGGGUGUUCAAAGUCUUCCUGACAUGUUCUUCCCUAAAACAUCAACAAAUGUGUCUGAACAAUGUUUUGAUACCACCACGUUGUCCUACAUUGAUCGUUACCUGAAGUACAGCGUAAGCUGGACCUUCACUGGAUUUUGUAUCCCGUUCGUCACCACACUGGGCUGCUACGGACACAUGGCAUAUGUUCUUUGCCACACAAAUACAAUUGACAACAUUCUGAAACAGAAAUGCUUGAAGCUUUUUUUUAUUUCGAUGCUCCUCUUCUCAGUCUGUUACACACCCUACCAUGUCUUCAAGAACCUCAGCCUCUACUCUAGAGUUCUGCGGAGCAGAAACAUGUGUACAAACUGGGAUAACCUGGUUUUCAGUGCUCGUCAGGCAAGUCGUGGUCUUGUGAGUUUCAACAGUGCUCUGAACCCUCUGGUGUACCUCCAUGUGAAUGAGGAUAUCGGUGCUCAGCUCAGGAAGCUGCUUCAGAGAACUCUACGGACGUCCAGCUCAAAGUCUUCAACCAGGUCUGCGGCACUACGCUGAAGAUGGCCAACUUUAACCCUUUGAUGCAUAAUGGCCACUACAGUGGACAGGUACUCAAAAUUGUUAUUUAUUUGUUUUUGCUAUUAAGCGCAGCUGUUGAAGACUUUAUUGCAUUUGAGCCCCUCCAUUUGGACUUCAGUAAGCCAAGCCAACAUAUUUCAUGCUCAGAAUGCACGCUGUCCACUGAAGUGGACAUGUAAUAAAUUAUUUGUAAAUUAUAAAAUUUUACAAAAAAUAUUUGUUGAAAUUUGUUUCAUUCACACUUAAA